ACAUUACAACAUUUUCACGGUAUGUGAAUAACAAUAAUCUCAAUAAAGAGUUAGUUUCUUCGUGUUCUUUGUAAAUCUCUUUCAUUCUUUGAGUUCUAUGUUGUAAAUUUCUUUUUGUUCCUUCGCAACCUCCGCCAUGUUCGUGUCGUUGUUAUCAAAUGCACAACUUAUUGCAAAACUCACGCCACCAAUUUUCUUUGUUGGAUGGUCUGACUUCAUGCUCUUCUAUGUUGUCAUUGUAUCGUUGGUCACACUAAUUGCUCCUCUUCUUCCUCACAUGCAAUGAUAUGACUCCGAUUUCAAUAUUGUUCAGGCUUUCUGGUAUGAGUGAGAUCAACUAGUUCUCGCUUGGAUUGCUCUUUCUAUUUUUGAUGUUGUGAUGCCAAAAUAUUAUCAAUGAAACCACUAGUUUUGUUGUCUGGAAUUCACGGGCUCUUAUUUGCCAAAAAAGAAUUAUAUGAUUCAAAAGUAGUGGUUUUGUUGAUGAUAUUGGGCAUCACAGCUUCAGAAAGAGAAUGAGCAAUCCAUGAGAUAACCAAUUGAUCUCGUUCAUACCAAAGAGCAUGAGCCAUAUUUGAAUACUAUUGGAGUCAAGCAUUGCAUAUGAGGCAUGCGAGCAAAAUUGUUAACAUGAUCGAGCAGACGAUGGUAGUGGAGAAGAAGCUGGAGCCACAUUACAGAUAGGACAUAUAGUGGGGGAUGACAUCAAAGUAAGUUGGGGGGUUCGACGACAAAGACAUGACCCAUGAGUGUACCAAAAGGUGCGGAAGACCCAAAAGAGGCAACCGAGAACAACAGAACAAGAAAAUAGAUGAUACGAAUGAAGAUUAGAAAGACGAAAGAAAAAUGUAAAAUUUUGAGUUUAUAUGCUCCUUUACUACCAUUAUAGAUAAUUUGGUUGCACUUCCUCCUCCUCCCCGAACUUGGUCAUUCCCUCUCCUCUUCUUAUACUUAGUGGUGCCACUGCCAUAAUCAAUACUCAACAUUUAUUAGAAAUGGAAUGAGCCAAAUGCCAACUUCGAGUUCAAUACCAUUCCAUUGUUUGUUACCUUGUUGAUGUCAAUCAAUAGUUUACAUAUGCUAGUCUAUGCUACAAAGGUCAAUUAAUACCCAAUAAGCUAGGUAAACUCAAUGAUUUAUUCUUAAGUAACGUCCAAAUUACCCUCCAAAGGAAAUCAAAUUCAACCCCCAUACCCAAAUAUGUAUUGGGCAAGAGAAAAAGAGAGCUCAAUCGUUAUCGAAUAUGAGAAAGUGGGAAAGCAAAGAAGGACAAAAUUAUGCAAGAAAAUAAUAUAUAAUAAAGAUGGGGUAGGAAGCUGAAAAUGGUCCCUUAAAUCGAUCAAAGGUGACAUUCCACUCAACCCAACAACGACCAAAGCCCCCAAAUCAUGGUUCAUCAUUUCUCAUGCUAAGACAAGGGAAAGCGAUAUAUGGUCUUCUUUUUCCUUAUGAAUAUAAAUAUAUAAUGUAAGCAAAAAUGUCAUUUUUCUGGUUGCUCUCCAACUCCAUCCAUCAAUCCUAAUUUAAAAUGAUUACUACACAUUCCUAUCAUGUUCAUUACAUUAAAUGUAAAACGAAUAUAACAACACUUUUUUUUUAUGAGUUUGGAUUUAGUAAGAUCAAAGUUCUUCUAAAUAUAGUCUUUUGUUGUGGUAGAACAAAUGCUUAAUAUGCACUCUAAUAUGAAUUUCAACUUGAUCAAAGUGCAACCAAAGAUGUGCUACAAAGCGUCAAAUCAUUGACACUAAAGAUAAACGUUUAAUCGUAAAAUAUUAAUCUGACUCAUCAAAGAUAAUUAGUUGUUAACUAAAGAGUUGCCUUACGUGAGCAUGAUAAUACUCACUCGCCAGCAUUCAAAAACUUCGAAUCCUAUGAUUUUAAAAAUAAAAGAAAAGAAAGUGUCGAGCUCGAUUACAGGUGCGCCAUCUAGUUGCUCUAGAGUUGGACAUGAGUGAUUGCGAUAGUCACCAAUCGCUUUCAUGAAACUACUUUGUAAGAAUUUAGAAGUUGUUGUUUCUCAUAUAUAUUUUAGAUGGUAGAGGACAUUUGAUACCUAUUCGUUUUCGUUAUAUCUUGUUUACUGAUGCCUUAUUUUUGUCGAGACUCUUCUUUAACUUUGAAGAACUAUCAAACUGAGCACUUCUACUAUGCUAUACAGUAUUGGUGUUUUAAUGUACAACUUAAAGUUGUACCAUAACAUUAAAUGUAUAAGUUUAGGUUGUACCAUAAAGCAAUUUGUACUAUUAUGUUAUGGUACAACUUUACAACUUGAAGUUGUACCAUCACAUAAGGGUACAAAUUCAAGUUGUACCAUAAAAGAAUUUGUACAAAAAGUAUAAGUACAAUAUGAAGUUAUAUCAUAAUGUAAAUAUACAAUUAUAAGUUGUACCAUAAAGACAAAACCCUAUAGUAUUGUAAAAUUUCUCCUAUCAAACUAUUAUCGCUUUUGAAUGAAAUUUAAAAUGCACUGCAUUCAUUUAUUAAUAAAAAAACGAUUACUGAUCUACCCGAACGAAUCCGAAAAACGCCGACCAGACCCAAAGACCCAAGAGGGCCCGCAGUUUUCAAAGUAGGUACCGGGUAAGAAAGACCCGACACCAUCCUCCCUUUUAGCUUCAGAUUUACAGCAAAAAAUACACACACUCUCUCCCUCUCCCGCCCGCAGAUCAUCAACAAACGAAGUCACAGAAGGAAAUUAGAAAGGCAGAGAGAGAGAGAGAGAGAGGGUACAAAGGAAGAGCGAGAGAGCAUGCAAUUGCAAACCCUCCUUCUCCCCCUCCUCAACAAUGUCUCCUCCACUUUUAACCCUCUCUCUUCUUCUCCCAAUUCAAUUCUCAUCAUCCCCUCUCUCCCACCUUCUCCUCCCCCAGACUUGUUGUUGACUUACCAUCAUGAUCAUGGCGGAAUCACCAGAAUCAUCGGUACCAGGAGGCGGCGGAGUUGGGAAUACAGAGGGGGAAGCUCCGGCGGCGCCCGACGUGGAGAAAGUUCUCGACUUUCUGCGCAGGAGUGGGUUGAAAGAGGUUGAAUUGGCUCUCAAGGAGGAUAUCAUCGAGAAAAACGAAUUUGGUUCUGUCGAUUUCGAGAAAUUCUUGUUCGAGCUUCCUCCGGUGAGGAUUCCGCCGGCCACUUUCCUGCAGGUGGAGGCCGGGGAAGAAGAUUCCGCCAGCGGGGAGUCUUUUCGUGGUAGAUCGAAUUCUGGGAUUGUUAGCUCCGAUGAUGAGUUCGUCAGCUUGGGUUCUUCCACCAGUGGUCUAUGCUCUUCAGAAUUCACUAAUCCGUAUGGACUCCGGUCAGGAUUGCAGCCCAAUUCGGACACUUCCUCGGACAGAAUGUCACAGUUUGGCACUGCUCGUGACUAUCCUGAUUUGGAUAUGCAGAAUGAUCUCUUCUGGUACGAUGGUAGAGGUGAUGGUAGAGUCGAAGGCUCGUUCAAUGAUCCUCGCCUGGACAACUUUUUAGGCGUGAGCGAGGAUAAGUUUGUGAUGACGUCUGGAGCAGCAGGACGGCAGCUUGAAGAGGAUGCAGUUGGAUUGUACGAUAAAUCUGAAGGGUUUGAGACGGAGGCAAGCGUUGACUUCUUGGACAAGCCAUGUCUUUUCGAUGCCACGUCUAUUAUGAACAGCGAUGCUAACAAGGCUAGAUCGACGGGUGGAGAGGAUGGUUGUUUGGAUCUGCUUUGCAAGUGUUGUGGAGGUGCAGGUGGUGGAUGGGUUUGUGAAAAAGAACCUGUUGAUUAUGAGUUCUUGGGAUCCAAGGAAACUGAUGGUUUGAAUUGUUUACAGCCGAAGGUAGGGGAUUUUGUCAAUGAAAUUAGGAAAGGAGAUUGUGGAAGUCAAGGGAUUGAAUGUUGUGAAGGUGAUUCUGAUCAACUGGUACCAUUCAGAAUGGAUUAUGAUGAGCUAGGACGCAAUGAAGUAAGUGAAGCACAAAAUAAGGUCUUAGCUCCAAAGGAGAGGGAGGAUGAAAAUGAUGAUGAAGUUGUCUUGUGUGAGAAUGAAGUGGAUGAGUAUGAAGUAUUUGAACUACGAAUCAUACACCGGAAGAACAAGACAGGAUUUGAGGAAAACAAAGAUCUGCCUAUUGUAAUAAACACAGUAAUCGGAGGCAGAUAUUAUAUAACAGAGUACCUUGGAUCAGCCGCUUUCAGUAAAGUUGUUCAAGCGCAAGAUCUUCACACAGGGGUGGAUGUCUGUCUCAAGAUCAUAAAGAAUGACAAGGACUUCUUCGAUCAAAGUUUAGAUGAGAUCAAACUUCUUAAGCUUGUGAACAAGAAGGAUCCGAAUGAUGAGAGGCACAUAUUACGCCUCUAUGACUACUUCUAUCAUCAGGAGCAUCUAUUCAUUGUCUGCGAACUCCUACGAGCUAAUUUGUACGAGUUUCAGAAGUUCAAUCAAGAGUCAGGUGGUGAAACUUACUUUACAUUAGCCAGGUUGCAGACAAUAACCCUGCAGUGUCUGGAGGCACUCGAGUACUUACACCAGUUGGGGAUCAUUCACUGUGAUCUGAAGCCAGAGAACAUUCUGAUAAAGAGCUACCGAAGGUGUGAGAUCAAGGUCAUUGAUCUAGGAAGCAGCUGCUUUAAGACAGACACCUUGUGCUUAUACGUGCAAUCUCGUUCGUACCGUGCCCCUGAGGUCAUGCUAGGCCUUCCCUACAAUGAAAAGAUCGAUAUAUGGUCUCUUGGCUGCAUCUUGGCUGAGCUGUGCUCUGGCGAGGUACUGUUUCCGAAUGACUCAGUGGUAAUGAUCCUAGCUCGAAUGGUCGGGGUUCUCGGUGGUAUCGACAUUGACAUGCUGGAGAAUGGCCAGGAGACUGACAAAUACUUCACAAAGGAGCGUGACCUUUACUACAUUAACGAGGAGACGGACGAAAUGGAGUACAUAAUCCCAGAGGAGACCACAUUGGAGCACCAACUGGGGACGUCCGACGAGGCAUUCCUGGACUUCCUGACGAGCUUGCUGGAGAUCAAUCCUCUGCGACGGCCCACUGCAAGCGAAGCGCUGCAACACCCUUGGCUCUCUCAUUCAUACCACCACCACCACUCUCGUCCGUGAUCUUACUGAAAAAAAAAAAAAAAAAUUAGGUGGUGAAUUUGUUUCAUUGUUGACCCACGACACCUGUAUGCUAGCUGUACAGAAAAUGCCGCCUCCUUUAAUUGUUGUUCUUCUGCUUUCGACCUCCAUUGUUUUCAGAACCCAGAAAGAUGGCAAUAACAUGGUUUUGAAAUCGAAACCUAAUCUUUGAAACAUCGUCUUUGACAGUUGACAGUAAUUAAACUAUAGGCUCGGGGUUCGUGGGUUUCUCAUGCGCCAUGUUACUUGUCUGUUUACGUUUGGAAAGCAUAGAAAGAGAGGGAGAGUCAGUUGGGGUUUCCCAGCUCAGCACUUGAACGUGGGUAAUUAACACUUUGUGACGAAUCUUUAUUGUAAUGAAGGAUUGGAUGAUUAAUUGAUGAUUUCCAAGAAGCCAGCCAUGUUGGAUUGAAAUCCAAUUCGAUUUUACAGUAUAAAUGCUUAUAUCCUCCCCCUCUAUAUCUUGUGGUAAUGAUUCAGAUGACAUAUUACAGUCUAUCAUAACGAUGUUGUCCAUAGAUCAAAUUAUUUUGCGUAUUUCAUAUAUUGGGUUCGUGCUGUCUGAUUGCGAUCACUGAUCACUGGUGGUCUCAGGUCUGGAGGUCAGGGAAAGGGCUGCCGGAGUUUAAGAUGCGUCUGACUACAUCUGAUCCGAGCCCCCCAAUCCGUCUGCUUUUAUCUUUAUAAGGACACGGCGACGGCAGGCUAUAAAAAUAAUCUUGUGGAUGAUGGAGUCGUUGAAAUCGAAGCCAACCAAACGCUGUCACUUCUCAUUGGCUGCUUGCUUCCGCCUCCUGUUAAACAAAAAUAAGAAGCCAAACAUUUCUCUAGCUCUCUUGCUACUUUGUCUUCUACUGGGCGCCGGGCGGGGCUUGCUUACGCUCUCCGUCCGCGAUUAAGUUGUACGCCUCACAAUGAAGGGUACGGCACGAUAUCUCAAUUAAGGGGUUGUUUGACUGAUGCUUUUAUUAAAUGAGACAUUUGAGU